GGGCCACCAGCCAGUGGCAGGAUCUCUACCCUCUAGACAUGGUGCUGGCCCCCUUUGAUCCCCAGCCCUGUGGCCAUGCAGGGGUGCAGACUGCCUAGACGCUACCACCUAUAGCCUGUGCCAUGAAGCCGACCUGGGCACAGAUGGCUCCUGCCAUGGAUUCGAGGGGGAUGGUGUCCCCAGCUGUGGACCUGGUGCUUGGCUCCUCAGCCUGCUGCCUGGCCUGUGUAUUUACCAACCCCCUGGAAGUGGUAAAGACCCGUCUACAACUGCAGGGGGAACUGCAGGCCCCAGGCACCUACCCACGGCCCUACCGGGGCUUUGUGUCUUCUCUUGCAGCCGUGGCCCGGGCAGAUGGGUUGCGGGGCCUGCAGAAGGGGUUGGCUGCUGGCCUUCUCUACCAGGGCCUCAUGAAUGGUGUCCGGUUCUACUGCUAUAGCCUGGCAUGUCAGGCUGGCCUCACCCAGGAACCAGGUGGCACUGUGGUCGCAGGCGCUGCGGCUGGGGCAUUGGGGGCCUUCGUGGGGAGUCCUGCUUACCUGGUCAAGACACAGCUACAGGCCCAGACAGUGGCUACUAUGGCUGUGGGGCAUCAGCACCAACAUCAGGGUGUCCUGAGUGCCCUGGGGACCAUCUGGCGCCAACAGGGCAUGCUGGGGCUGUGGCGGGGUGUGGGUGGGGCUGUGCCCCGAGUCACCGUAGGUUCAGCUGCCCAGCUGGCCACCUUUACCUCUGCCAAGUCAUGGGUACAGGAUCGACAGUGGUUUUUGGAGGACAGCUGGCUGGUGACCCUGGCCGGCGGCAUGAUCAGCAGUGUAGCCGUGGUUGCAGUCAUGACACCCCUCGACGUCGUCAGCACUCGACUGUACAAUCAGCCAGUGGACAGAGCUGGCAGGGGCCAGCUGUACGGGGGCCUCACUGAUUGCCUGCUGAAGACCUGUCAACAGGAGGGGCCCCUGGCACUCUACAAGGGCCUGGGCCCUGCCUAUCUGCGCUUGGGUCCCCACACCAUCCUUAGCAUGUUCUUCUGGGACGAGCUUCGGAAACUGGCCUCGAGGGCCCAGCACCAGGACACCUAGACUCAACCCUCAUCCCACCACCAAGCCUGUCAUCUGGUGGAAGCGAUGGCCCGCCAGUGUAAGACUGGCUGCCCAGAACUAGCUUGAGUCAGGCCCUGCCGCAAGCCAGGGAGAGGGAGCAAGGAACGGUGGACACCUGGGAUCCAUUGAGCCCCAGGACCAGUGUGCCCCAUGUCACCACCCCUUCACUUCUUUUCUCUCCCCUGGGUUACCAUGCCUUAGCACAUUCGCCACAGUCAUGCCUACAUGUAAAGAUUCCCGCCCGGCGUGGUGGCACAUGCCUUUAAUCCCAGCACUCGGGAGGCAGAGGCAGGCGGAUUUCUGAG